AAUUUUUGUACACGAAGGAAAUCCCCUUCCUUGUUCCGCGUUCGGUGAAGACGUCACUGCCACACACAACGACGCUGCCGUCUGCACAUUCGGUGGAAGAAGCUUCAUUCACAAGAUGCUCGCUGCCGCUGCACUUCGAUUUAUUUUGCUGGCCGCUUGGCUUCAUCCGAGUUAUGCACUCUAUUUCCACAUUGGCGAGACGGAGAAAAAAUGCUUCAUUGAGGAGAUUCCAGACGAAACGAUGGUGAUCGGAAAGUACCGAACGCAGCUUUGGGAUAAACAAAGUAAUUCCUUUCUCCCAUCCACACCGGGUCUUGGGAUGCAUGUCGAGAUCAAGGAUCCUGACGCAAAGGUCAUUCUGUCUCGGCAGUAUGGAUCCGACGGUCGCUUCACCUUCACAUCUCACACUCCAGGGGAGCACCAGUUAUGUCUGCACUCCAACUCCACCAAGAUGGCGCUAUUUGCCGGUGGGAAACUGAGAGUACAUCUGGAUAUUCAGGUUGGAGAACAUACCAAUAACUACCCUGAAAUUGCAGCCAAGGACAAACUGACUGAGCUGCAGCUGCGUGCCAGACAGCUUCUUGAUCAGGUGGAACAGAUCCAGAAGGAGCAAAAUUACCAAAGGUAUCGAGAGGAGCGUUUCCGGAUGACCAGUGAGAGCACCAACCAACGCGUCCUCUGGUGGUCGAUCGCCCAGACGCUCAUCCUCAUCAGCACGGGCAUAUGGCAGAUGAAGCACCUCAAGAGCUUCUUUGAAGCUAAGAAACUGGUUUAACCUGAGUGUGAAGAUGAGCAGUGACGAGGAACAACAGACAGCUUUGGAGACGGACCUGAAUGACUGGAUCCAAAACUUGCUGCAAGAAUUCAGGCAGACUUUUUUUUGUUGUUGUUGUGUAUCGACCAUGGAUGAUGAAGGAAUGUGGAAAUUCUAAAAGGCACUUCUCAAUAUUUUAGAACCGCACAACAUCUGAGUUGCCGCUCUCUCUCUCUCCCUCUUUGUUUUAUUUGCUUGACAACACUAGGCAACUUUUGGUUAUGCAUCAGCAGAUUUUACUGUAUUUUUUAGUGUUGUAUCGCUUCUUUGGGGUUUCAGUAUCCAUUAGAAAUAUUCUUAUUUGCCAACGUCCCUUCUGGCUCGUGCUUACACCUUGGGAAAAAAAAAAGACAAAAAAAGCUGUACUAUAGGGCAUUUAAAGAUUUGCGUCAAAGAACGUCAGUGGAAAAA